AUGCUGGACCAGCCCCACGUUGUAUUCUUCGAUACAUUUGGCACCGUCGUCGAGUGGCGGUCAAGUGUCACAAAGGCAUUGAGCGACGCGGCUCGGCAGGCACUUGAUGAUCCGAACAGGCAUAUUCCCGCUGAUUUACGCCAGCGUGCAGCUGCACUGGACCAGUCAGAUUGGCUUGCUUUCGCGGAGGAGUGGCGUUUAUCCUACGGCAACUUUACCAGCACAUUUGAUCCUUCGAAGGGGUUUGUGUCGGUAGACCAACACCAUUACCACGCACUACAGGACCUUCUCAAGAAACGAGGCAUUCAAGAGCUAUUUGACAACAGUCAACUACUGGAGCUCACUUUGUGCUGGCACCGACUUACCCCAUGGCCCGAUAGUGUUGCCGGAUUGGACCUGCUGAACACCAAAUUCAUCACGUCGACGUUAUCAAAUGGGAAUGAGUCUCUGCUUAAGGAUCUAAAGCAGUAUGGCUCACUGCCUUUCACUCAGCUCGUCGGCGCAGAGAAUUUUGGAGCAUAUAAGCCGUCGCCAAUUGUAUACCACGGUGCAGCGAACCUCCUAGGGCGUGAUUCAACCCAAUGUACCAUGGUAGCGGCGCAUUUGAGUGACUUGAAAGCAGCAAAAGGCUGUGGCUUCCGGACCGUUUAUGUGGAGCGUGAGUCCGAGGAGGCUUGGUCCACAGAUCGUGUAGCGCAAGCUAAAGAAGAGGGCUUUGUCGACAUUUGGGUCGGGUUGAAUGAGAGUGGAGUUUUGGAGGUCGCUCGAAGAUUGGGAAUCAAGGGGGACAAUGGAUCUCAGCCUAUCUCAGAGUAA